AUGCUUGGAAUCUAUGAGCCUUCCGGGAACGACAGACUGUGGGCGACAACAAGCGAUAAAGCAAGGGAUGGAUGCCUGAUUUGGGAGGCGUCCAUCAGGCCGACCAACCAACAGAUCGACCGACACCACGUGAGGAGAGUUGAUCAAACCAACGUCAUCUCUGGUCUUGGAUUUGUCCCAAAGCGAAAACAGUGGCUUUCUUCGUGGAAUCCAGCCGAGAUUUCCCUAACUAUCAAUGCUUCGGUGCUACUUCUUUCAAAGCUUUCGUCCGACCACCACAACACUCGCCGAAAACCGGACUUUGGGAUACGAACCCUCCAUGCCCUUUCACGAGGAUACUCUCCCGCUAAGGUGGUCGCUCAACGACAACAAGUCAAUCCGUCCCUCUACGAAGAUGAAACAUACAUAAGUGCAAAAAGGAACGGUGCAGACCACCUAUUCCCAUCUCCAUAG